UGGAUUACAUGUCUUUGAACUAUCCGAACACAGUGAACACAGUGCGUCCGGAACACCAGUCUCGUGCUUCGGUCUUGCUUCUGCCCUCAGUGCCCUCACUGCCGCCCCGGAGCAGCCCCGAGCCAUUGAACCCCGCGCACCGGCCCGUCGAUGCGGGAUGCGGCCCUUGUAGCCGGUGCUCGACAUGUACGCCACACGUCCGCGCUGCCUAGCGCACGCCGCGGGCCGCGCCGGGGCCAAGCGCCGCUUUCCGCGAGGCUCCUUCUCCUUCGGCCGGAGCUCACCUGACGCCGACGCCGGCAACGCCAGCGCCUCCGCUGCGACCCGGCGACGCUAUGCCACCGCCGCCAACAAGGGCCAGCCGCCGCGCUCCAUCGCCGUGCUCGGCGGCGGGCUGACCGGCCUCACCACGGCCUGGCACCUGACCCGCGCCCUGCCCCACGCCCGCAUCACGCUCUACGAGGCGAGCGACCGGCUCGGCGGCUGGAUCGACACGUCGACGGUCAACCUGAGGAACCGCUACGGCCAGGAGGGUCCCGUGCACUUCGAGCGCGCCGCCCGCAUGGUCAGGCCGCAGACCGGCGGCCGUGUUCCCCGCUGGGACGACCUGCUGUUCUUCGACAUGGUCGCCCAUCUGAACCUCACCGAUCAGCUCAUGCACGCCAGCGCGGAGGACUCCGGGACCACCGCCUACAUCUACUACCCCAACCGUCUUGUGCCCAUUCCCAGGAUCUCUCGGGCCGGUCCGCUCCGCACUCUCGACUCGAUCCUCGACCUUGUCCCAGCGCUCUUCCAGCCCGUGUUCCGGGAUGUUAUUCCUUCUGCGCUUCACAAUGCGCGCACAACAGGCGACCCGUAUACCGCCGACAUCCUGGAGGGACGCAGCGACGUGUCCGUGGGCGACUACUUCGCCUAUCGCUUUGGGCGAACCGGCCUGGUGGACAAGGUCUUCUCGGCCGUGACCCACGGAAUGACGGGCGGCGAUGUGUGGAAACAGAGCUUGGCCAGCGGGAGCUGGGCAGACUACCUGCCGCGCAACGACGGCGAGCCGGUGACUCGCGUACGCGUCCGCCGCGCCGACUACGCGCUGAUGAACCAGCUGGUCCGCGACAAGGCCGUCUUUGACCUGGCCACCGAGCACCUCGACUCGGGCUCGCUCUGGUUCCGCAACGGCAUGAGCACCCUGACCAACGCGCUCGCCGAUGCCCUCAGAAAGAACCCCAACGUCACCAUCAAGAUGGGCGACCCGGUUACCUCGGUCCGCUAUCUCGACAAUUUCGACAGGGUCUUUAUCACCACGAAACAGAACAAAAAGCCCGUCCCUUACGAAAAAGUUGUCUCCACCAUCUACGCCAAACACCUCGCUGCCCUCACCGACGACCACCUCCCCUCCCUCGCCUCUUCCACCGCCGUAUCCAUCAUGAUCGUCCACCUCUGGUACCCCGACCUUCGUGUCCAUUCCCCCAACACCGGCUUCGGCUACCUCCUCCCACAAGCGGUGCCGCACGAAGCCAACCCGGAGUGCGUGCUCGGCGUGAUCUUCGACUCGGACCGGGAGUUCCCGACGACCAAGCUCUUCAGCUUAACCAACCUCGGCGCCGACGGCGUGGAGGGCACCAAGAUGACCGUCCUGAUGGGCGGCCACUACUGGGACGGGCUGCCGGAGUCGUUCAUCCCGGACCCGGCCGCGGCGGCGGACAUGGCGCGCGCCGCCGUGCAGCGCCACCUGCGCCUGUCCGACCGCGUCGCGCGCAGCGCCUACGCCGCCGCCCAGCUCUGCCGCGACUGCAUCCCCCAGCUGCUCGUCGGCCACGCCGCCCGCAUGCGCGCCGCCCACGCCGAGCUCCAGUGGACCUUCCGCGGCCGCCUCGCCGUCGCCGGCCAGUCCUACCAGCCCUCCGGCGUGCUGACCAUGCUGCGCGCCGGCAGGGACAUUGCCAUGCAGAUUGCUCACUCCUCCUCCUCCUCCUCCUCCUCCGGGACGGCGCAGCGGCCGCCGCCGCUUCGGGGUGAAGAAGAAGAAGGAGAAGAAGAGGCUGCCUAUGCUGAUGCCGCCGCCGCCGACGGCUACGACGACGACUGGCCGGUGGGCGACACCGGCCUGGAACGCUUCACCCGCCAGCCGACCUGGCUGUCGGUCGAGAAGAGGCUGCUGCCGCUGCGGUUCAAGAGCGGCGCGUACGUCGACGAGGACGGCAACAUCCAGCCUGGGGAUUAGCACUCGCGG